UGAUUUACAAUUGAAAAAUCCGAAUCGAAUGAGAAAGAACUAGGCAAGGGAAGAAAAAAUACAUAAAAAUCCAACUAAAACGGGCAGAAAAGUCAAAGAAAAUAUAUAAAUUUUCCAAGAAGGAAAAAAAUUAAGUUUAUACAAAAAAAUUGAUGGUAAUUAAAGCUGGUACUUUCAUUACUUGACAAAAAACCACGGAAUUAGAAAAAGAAGACAAAUUAAUUACAAAUUGUCACAAUUGCAUCAAAAGAAAUCAAUUGCCUCAUUCUCUCGCGCCUUUUUGCUGCUCUCUCUCUCUCUCUCUAACACAAAUAACAACUGUUGGCUGUCACAAGAAUUAACGCAUUACAAAACGGAAUAAUUUCAACAAAAAAACCAAGACAAGGCCAAUCAAACAAUCAAGAAAAAAAGAAAAACUAAAAUUAAUUUUUGGUUAAUUUUAUUAAUUGUGCAUUAAACGCCGCAAAACAAAAAACCACAAGUCAUCAUCAUGUCUAUGGCCGGACAAACAAUCAACGACAGAUUACUGGCUGCCAGGCACAGUUUGGCCGGUCAAGGUUUGGCCAAAUCGGUAUGCAAGGCCACAACGGAAGAGUGCAUUGGUCCCAAGAAGAAACAUUUAGAUUAUCUAGUACACUGUACAAAUGAACCCAAUGUCUCAAUACCACAUCUGGCCAAUUUACUUAUCGAGCGCUCACAGAAUACCCAUUGGGUGGUGGUGUACAAGGCGCUAAUAACCACACAUCAUCUGAUGGCAUAUGGAAAUGAGCGUUUCAUGCAGUAUUUGGCAUCAUCGAAUUCCACAUUUAAUCUAAGUAAUUUUCUGGAUAAGGGAGGUGUACAAGAUGGUGGUAUGUCGGUACCCGGUGGCAGAAUGGGUUAUGACAUGUCACCCUUUAUCCGACGCUAUGCCAAAUAUUUAAACGAGAAAUCCUUGUCCUAUCGUGCAAUGGCUUUUGAUUUUUGCAAAGUCAAAAGGGGCAAAGAGGAGGGCUCGUUGCGCACCAUGCAUGCCGAUAAAUUAUUGAAAACCUUGCCCGUGCUACAAGCCCAAUUGGAUGCCCUAUUGGAAUUCGAUUGCCAGUCAAGUGAUUUAACAAAUGGUGUCAUCAACAUGUCCUUUAUGCUAUUAUUCCGUGAUCUCAUUCGUCUAUUCGCCUGUUACAAUGAUGGUAUUAUUAAUCUAUUGGAGAAAUAUUUCGAUAUGAACAAGAAACAGGCCCGCGAUGCCUUGGAUUUGUAUAAAAAGUUUUUGGUGCGCAUGGAUCGUGUGGGGGAGUUCCUCAAAGUUGCUGAGAAUGUCGGCAUCGACAAGGGCGACAUACCAGAUUUAACAAAGGCACCCAGUUCCCUGUUGGAUGCAUUGGAACAACAUUUGGCUGCGCUAGAGGGUCGCAAAGUUUCGGCUGCCAACACGCCCACACAGUCGGCAAGCACUUCAUUUGGUACAGCUGCAGCUUCGAGUAAAUUCGAUACCACCAAUGGCAUUGAUGAGCAAUUGAAGGCCCAGGCCUUGGCCGAUGAGGAGGCAGCCAUGAAUCAGUACAAGUCUAAAGUCUCUUCGCCAACCAGCGGCGGUGCUGCUGCUGCUAACGCUGCAUUAACAAAUCCAUUCUUAUCGUCACCACCAGCUACCCAGGCUAGUGCACCGAUAGUUGAUUUGUUUGGUGCCGCCUCAGCCCAGCCAGCCAAUGCUGGCUCCACCGCCGCCGCUGGUGCUACCAAAGCUUCGGAUGAUCUACUCCAGUUGGGCAAUCCAUUUGCCGAUAUGUUUGAUGCUCCCUUGGGUGCUGGAACGGCUGGUGUUGCAACAGGUGCUAAUCAAAAUUCAAAUAAUAUUUGGAUGAACAAUAAUGGUUUCAAUGGUCUCAGUACCUUCGGUGCUGCCAAUGCAUUUGUUUCGGACAGCAAUUUCUCAUCGGUAUUUGGUAAUACUGAGCCAGCCGCAACUGGAGCAGCAUUAGCAAAUCCUUUUUUUGAUUCAAUGGAACCCCAAAAUUUAUUCAAUGAGCCAAACACAACUUCGAAUCCAUCAUCUCUGUUGUUAGCCUCCUCAUCGAUAACAGCAUCGUCGUCGUCGACGUCAUCAUUGGCCAACAAUUUCAAUUCCAAUCCGUUGCAACCAACAAAUCAAACAAAUUUCUUUAUGGCAGCUGGAGCUACUCCGCCAACGCCAGCGGUGAUGGCGGCGAAUUCAGCCCAGCCCAUCACCACCACCUUCAUUGCCACCAGGUGA